GAGUCCGGACACUCCCUUUCGCUGCCGCCUCCCCACCACACACGUCCACCCGCAUCCAUCCAUCCAGCCCUAUUUACGCCGGCGGCCUGAUGCGGUGACGCCUCCAGCGCUGCCCGAACCUGCCGGAGCACGGAACCGCGACCUCGUCGGUCAGUGCAGCCACGGUUUGGCAAGUCGUUGCAAGCAAGAACGACGAUCGAUGGCCACGCUCUCCUCCUGCAGCCGCCUCAGCGACACCGGCGCCGCGGCUAUCCGCCGCCACCAUCGCCGGCAGCCGGGCCGCGCGGGAGUCGUCGUCACCCGCCGGAGCUCCUCCGCGAGCGUUCGCACCGCCGCCGCCGCCGCCACGGCGGCCCCGGUUGCCGUUGAGCAGCAGAACAAGGAGGUGUCGCUGCCGACGUGGGCGGAGUUCGAGCUCGGGCGGGCGCCGGUGUACUGGAAGACCAGCAACGGCCUCCCUCCCUCCCCCGGUGAGGGCCUGACCCUCUUCUACAACCCGGCGGCGACGAAGAUGGCCCCGAACGACGUGUUCGGCGUGGCGUUCAACGGCGGCUUCAACCAGCCCAUCAUGUGCGGCGGCGAGCCGAGGCAGAUGACGCUGCAGGUCAGGGGCAGCGCCGACCCGCCCAUCUACACCAUCAGGAUCCGCGUCCCCCAGCACGCCGUGAGCCUGGUCUUCUCCUUCACCAACGGGGCCGAGUGGGACGGGCCCUACACCCUCAAGUUCAAGGUUCCCAAGCCAUGGCAGAACAAGCCGCUGAGCUUCUUCAACGAGGGCCUGGCGGACGAGCUGAACAGGGAGGGCGCCUGCGACCGGGCCAUCUACCCCGACGAGAACAUCGCCAUCACCAGCUGCGCCAUAGAAGGCUACUACGAAGAGGGGGGAGACCGGUGCAAGCUGGACAUCGUGAGCGGAUGCAUGGAUCCCAGCUCGGGCCUGUUCGACCCGCUGGCCACCGUCGACGACGGCUCGUGCCCCUUGGAGUCUGAUUCGGAGGAAUGAAGGGGCUUCAUCCGUAGGGAGACAAUGUCUGUGAAGCUUUGUGAUACUGUGAUACAGCCAUACAGGAGCAUGUAUGUAUGUAUUUAACCACAGCAACACCGAUACUGUGAUACAGCCAUACAGGAUCACACUUGCAGUAGUAUAGUUGUGGAAGUUUGCUACCUAUCUGUGCAAACUCUGUUAGAUCAACGCCAGAGGCAACUAGAAUACGCAGGUAGCUAGGGGUGGUAAAGUGAAGUGCUUCAAAUUUUAGCAUAAAUAAUCUAAAAGCCGGACUCUUAUUUUAUA